GUUUUGUGUCAAUAAAGGAAAGAGGAUACGUUUUUAGCAGUAAUGGAGUUCCCCCAGCACGCCCUGCAGCUCCUGUCAGGCCUGCGUUCUCAGCGUCAGCGUGGGUUCCUGUGCGACUGCACCGUCUUCGUGAGUUCCUCACGUUUCCUGGCCCACCGUGCUGUCCUGGCCUCCUGCUCUCCAUUCUUCCACAUGUUCUACUCUGAUCCCCCAGGGGGCACCGGGGCCAGCUCGGUCACGCUGGACGGGGACAUCGUGACGGCGGCGGCGUUCGGCCUGUUGUUAGACUUCAUGUACGAGGGUGUGCUGCGGCUUGAGGCCCCUCCCCCAGCAGAGGACGUGCUGGCGGCGGCAAGCUUCCUCCACAUGAACGAGGUGGUCCGGGUGUGUAAGAGACGGCUACAGCACCGACCGCCACCAGCUGAGGCAGACAGCACGCGCCCGGAGGAGAGCGGAGUGGCGGUGGUGGGUGCUAGUGGACCCGGAGUUGGCAUGGUGGCAACAGGAGCUGCCAAAGCGGUGGCUAUGGCGAUGUCAGUAUCUCAGUCUGCGUCAGUGGCGAUGCAGAGAAGCCAGUUGGGCUGUUAUACGAGGUCAGAGAGGAGGGUGGAGGUUCAUGCGCACGCCCCUCUGAGUCCUGACAUGGCCGACACCACCCAGCCGGGCAUGGACCACGCCCUCCUUCAUGUGGGUGAGCUGGUUACCCUCUCCUCCGGUGCCUCUCUCAGGCUGGGAGGUCAGAGAGAGGGUCAGGGGGGCUCGGCCCUUUGCAGCCCCUGCAGCUCCACAGAGUCAUACAAUCUCAGCAGCCACCAUCGCCAGCCCUCUUCAUCAGCAGGUGCAUCAUCAGUGGUACCUGUGACCCAGACUGAUGGCUCCAGCUCCAUGGUGGGGAUACUGACCCAGUCUGACCACAGCAGCUCCUCCAGCCCAGAACAGGACAGCCAUGACCCUGUCUCUAACAAGAGCACAGUCAUCACACCAGGCAUACAAUGCCAGCAGCAUGGUCUCAGUAUCAACACACACCCUCAGAUUAGAAUACAGCCUCCACACUCACUCCUCACCUCACCUCCCAACCUGAACCUUGUAACCCAUCAGAGCCAAACCUCAGCUCUGUCCAGGCCUGACGGGCUGCAGCAUGGGGGGUCAGAGAGGGAGAGCAAGGAGGCUAGUGAACACUCUAACAUGGGGACUGUGAGAGUGGAGGAGGUGGAGCAGGGGGAAGGAGUGAAGGUAAAGGUGGAGGCCAUAGUGAUCUCAGAUGAGGAGUUUGAGGAGAUGGAAGGAGUGUUGAUAAGGAGAGGAAUGAAUGGGGGUAGAGAACGAGGGAUGAUGGAGGUAGAGGACAGGAAUGAGUUUAACGAUGAUAAUAAAGACAGAGAUGAACUGAACAACCCCCACUUCCUCCCUCCUCACCCCGCCUCACUCCAGAUGACCCACUCCCACCCCUCUGAGCCUUUCUCCUUCUCUUUCUCCCCCUCCGGACCCAGCUCCACCUCUUCUGAUGCUCCCCCUUUCCCAUCCUCCCUCUUCCCCUCCGUGGGCCAACAUUCCGACCAGCCCGUCUACUUCCAGGAUUCCAUGGGAAACUAUGUCGAGGACGUCCCCACGUGCAGUGUCUGUGGGAAGACAUUCUCGUGCGCGUACACCCUGAGGCGACACGCCAUUGUGCACACYCGCGAGCGCCCCUACGAGUGCCGCUACUGUUACCGUAGCUACACGCAGUCAGGUGACCUGUACCGCCACAUUAGGAAGGCUCAUGACUCCAGCCUGCCAGCCAAACGCAGUAAAGGAGACACUGAGGAGGGCCAGCCUCCACACAGCUAACACACACAGCUAGCUGUAUACUUCUCCAUACUACGCAGAAUGACACAUUAUUUAUGCCUUCCCCCUUCCAACACCAGACAUCCUGGUCUUGCAUGUCCAUGGCAAUGAUCUGAGAUACUUCCAAAUGAUCUGGGAUACUUCCAAUGAUCUGGGAUACUUCCAAUGAUCUGGGGAACUUCCAAACGGUCUGGGUCACUUCCAAAUGAUCUGGGAUACUUCCAAAUGAUCUGGAAUACUUCCAAACGAUCUGGGAUACUUCCAAACGAUCUGGGAUACUUCCAAAUGAUCUGGGAUAUGUCAGAUACAUGUUUCCCUCCACCAGGAUGGUCUUUUCAGACAUGCCCAUUCCCGGGACUGAGUAGGCCCGGUGCUCAGUCAACAAGCUGGUGCUGGCAUUCCUAAAGGACAGGGGCUGGUGGUGUUUUAGCUAUUUUAAAUGGGACUUUCAGGACUUUUGUCUUUUACAUUUUGUACCAGUUGUCUUACUAUGACCUCAGUGCCAAAAUACUUUGUGUACUGUACUAUGUUAUAUAUUCCAGAUAAAUUGCCAGUUGUCAAGGGUACUGUUUUUUGUCAACACUAAUAGCGUAAUGGUCUGUGAUAGUUCUACCUGUAAGUCUCCAUUGUUGCCAACUUUUACAAUUGGCUGAAUAUCACUACUACUUCAUUGCUGUGAAUAGAACACAUUUCUUCAGUCUAACAUACUAUUAUACAUUCCCUUCCAUUGGAGUACUGUUCAAUAAAUGACUUCCAACACGA